GACCCCACGGACCCCAUGGCCAGCACAGGCCGCCUUGGCCUGGGGGCGAUUGAAGCCCCCGAACCGCGGGCGACAUGCCCGACACCACCCCCACCUUUACCCACCUGUCUCUUUAACGGGGGGCGGGGCCUCGCCCGCUGCCCGCGUCGCGCGGCCGGCCCCGCCCCGCCCCGCCAUUGGUUGUCGCUGGGGCAGAGCGGCCGCCCCGCCCGCGGCCAUUGGCUGGCGGCGAGGCCGGGGUUCCCGGAUGCGGCCGCGCGGUGCGGAUAUAAAGGGCCGGGGGAAGGCGGGAGUGGGCGCAGUUUGAAUCGCGGCGGGUCGAGGUACGUCGGUGCUGUUGCUCGGGCUCUCUGCUUCAGCCUUCCCCUCAGCGACACUGCGUUCCGGCUCGCUAUGGCUGGUGGGAAAGCUGGGAAGGACUCCGGGAAGACCAAGACCAAAGCCGUGUCCCGUUCCCAACGGGCUGGAUUGCAGUUCCCUGUUGGUCGCAUCCAUAGGCACCUGAAGUCUAGGACAACCAGCCAUGGGCGUGUAGGAGCCACAGCUGCUGUAUAUAGUGCUGCAAUCCUGGAGUACCUGACAGCUGAGGUCCUUGAGCUGGCGGGAAAUGCAUCGAAAGACUUGAAGGUGAAACGUAUCACUCCCCGCCACCUGCAGCUUGCCAUCAGAGGAGAUGAAGAGCUGGAUUCUCUGAUCAAGGCAACAAUUGCUGGUGGUGGUGUAAUACCACAUAUCCACAAGUCCCUCAUUGGCAAGAAAGGACAACAGAAGACUGUCUAAAGGAUACCAGGAUUCCGUGUUAUCUCAGGACUCGAAGUACUUAAUUUGUCCAGUGUUGGUGAUCCAGUGGACUGUAUCUGUGAAACACAAUUUUGCCUUUUUUUUUCUUUUUUUUUUUAAAACUUUGAGAAGCUAAAGCUCCCUUGAGCUUUUUAACAAACCAAAUUUCUGCAUUGAAGUCUUAACCAUAUUUAAGUGUUACCAUGGCUUCAAAGAAGCUAUUGUGUUUGUAGUGGGUUGUAAUUCAGCUGACUGUUUCUAGAUUGGUUUAAGUAAAGGAAAUGUUUGGUUUUGUACAGACUUUUCAUCUACUAGAGUGGAAAUAUUCAAUAAAUGUUAUGUCAAGACUGA